CCCGAGGGAGCGGCGGCGCAACUCAGGCCGGCUGGUCCUAGAUGAAGGACGUUCUAGCCGACCCCCUACUCUAUGGUAGGGCCCUCCGCAGUCCGGCCUACGGGCGCCGCCAUGUUGGAGCCUCAGUACAGGAGCCAUGGCUGCGAGCGCACGACCGGCAACCGGACCCGGGCCAGCUCCGCUGAGCACAUGCUGGAGGUGCGGCCGGGGCUGUUCCUGGGUGGAGCUGCGGCAGUCGCGGAGCCGGACCACCUGAGGGAGGCGGGCAUCACGGCUGUGUUGACGGUGGACUCGGAGGAGCCCGACUUCAACACGGGGGCUGGGGUCGAGGGUCUACGGAGUCUCUUCGUGCCAGCGCUGGACAAACCCGAGACCGACCUGCUUAGCCAUCUGGACCGGUGCGUGGCCUUCAUCGGCCAGGCCCGCGCCGAGGGCCGCGCGGUGCUGGUGCAUUGUCACGCAGGGGUCAGUCGAAGUGUGUCUAUAAUGACUGCUUUUAUGAUGAAGACUGACCAACUUACCUUUGAAAAAGCCUAUGAAAACCUUAAGACUGUCAAACCAGAGGUUAAGAUGAAUGCGGGGUUUGAGUGGCAACUGAAAUUAUACCAGGCAAUGGGAUGUGAAGUAGAUAUCUCUAGUGCAAUUUAUAAACAGUAUCGUUUACAAAAGGUUAAAGAGAAGUAUCCAGAAUUGCAGAACUUACCUCAAGAACUCUUUGCUGUUGACCCAUCUGCCAUUACACAAGGAUUGAAAGAUGGGGUUCUCUACAAAUGUAGAAAGUGCAGGCGAUCUUUAUUUCGAAGUUCUAGCAUUUUGGAUCAUAAUGAAGGAAGUGGUCCUAUAGCCUUUGCCCACAAGAGAAUGACACCAUCCCUCAUGCUUACUACAGGGAGUCAGGCUCAAUGUACAUCUUAUUUCAUUGAACCUGUGCAGUGGAUGGAAUCCACUUUGUUGGGAGUGAUGGAUGGACAGCUUCUUUGCCCCAAAUGCAAUGCCAAGUUGGGUUCUUUCAACUGGCAUGGUGAACAGUGCUCAUGUGGUAGAUGGAUAACACCUGCUUUUCAAAUACAUAAGAAUAGAGUGGAUGAAAUGAAAAUGCUGCCAGUUUGGGGAUCACAAACAAGAAAAAUAUGAACUUGCAACAUUUGAUAACUUGCUGAUGAUAUGUGCUACCCUUGUUUAUUGUCAUUCAAGGAAGAGUGUUUAGUUUUAGGCCAUUAACAUUUCAUUUGAAAUAUGAGAAGAUAAAAAUCAUUUGAUGUGACUUAGAAACUAUACUUUGUCAGCUUCUUACACUAUUUAAGUAGAAUGGAAAUCAAAACCUUUUAAUCAUGUAAAUUAUACUUUAUUUGAUAUUAAAAUCUUUUAUAACCCAGAUACUUUAUUUCAUAUAUAUUUAAAAGUUUUGAUUUUUGGAAUGUUAGUUAUAUAAUCUUAAGGUCUAGU